AUGGUCGUAGUCAGCACGGCCGUCGGCCUUUUCAUCGGCAACAAGGGGUCGUCGACCGGUGGUGUUGGUAUGGACCAGCCCGGCAAGGGAUACGUGACCGGGACGUCGGUGCCCCCGAAGCGGCCAGCACGGCGGACUAAGACGCGUCACCCGGUGUACCGCGGCGUGCGGCGCCGCGCGGGGCGGUGGGUGAGCGAGGUGCGCGAGCCCAACAAGAAGUCGCGCAUCUGGCUCGGCACCUUCGCCACCCCGGAGGCCGCCGCGCGCGCCCACGACGUGGCGGCCCUCGCCCUGCGCGGCCGCGAUGCCUGCCUCAACUUCGCCGACUCCGCGUCCCUGCUCGUCGUCGACCCGGCCACGCUCUGCACGCCCGAGGACAUCCGCACCGCCGCCAUCGCGCUCGCCGAGUCCGCGUGGCCCGCCGCGGCCCAGGCGUCCGCGUCUGAGCCUGCGCCGGCGAUGAUGACGAUACAGGAGGCCGCGGCGACGCCGUACGACGACGACUACGCCUGGCAGUACGUUGAUAUGGACCAGCAUUCCUACUACUACGAUGGGAUGGGUGCCGGUGGCGACUGGCAUAUGGACGGAGACGACGACGACGACAGCGCAGGAGACAUCGCGCUCUGGAGCUACUGA